GCGCAGUGCAGCCUCGCCCGGAAGUCGAUCCCUCGGUGCUGAGCGCAAACUCGCAGGGAUGAACCCUUUAACUAAAGUGAAGCUGAUCAAUGAGCUGAAUGAGCGUGAGGUCCAGCUUGGGGUAGCGGAUAAGGUGUCCUGGCACUCUGAGUACAAAGACAGCGCCUGGAUCUUCCUGGGUGGGCUUCCUUAUGAACUGACUGAAGGGGACAUCAUUUGUGUGUUCUCACAAUAUGGGGAGAUUGUUAACAUUAAUCUGGUGCGGGACAAGAAGACUGGAAAAUCCAAAGGAUUCUGUUUUCUCUGCUAUGAAGACCAGAGGAGCACAAUUUUGGCUGUUGACAAUUUUAAUGGGAUCAAGAUCAAAGGAAGAACUAUUCGAGUGGAUCACGUAUCAAAUUAUCGGGCUCCUAAGGAUUCAGAAGAAAUGGAUGAUGUGACCAGAGAGCUCCAGGAUGAGGGCUGUGGGGCUCAUACUACCUUACCAAAUUCAUCUGAGGGCUCUGAAGAUGACAAACCCACCAAAAAACACAAAAAAGACAAAAAGGAAAGAAAGAAAAGAAAGAAAGACAAAGAGAAGACUGACCGGGAGGUACAGGCAGAACAGCCAGCCUCCUUUUCAUUUCCCAGAAGCAAGAUGAUAAAGGAAAAGGAUGACUCUGGCUCUAAAAAGCACAGCAGCAAGAACUCAGAGAGGCAUCAGAAGCCAGAGUCCAGGGAGGUGCAGAAGCACCAGCCCAGCUCCCCUGAGAACAGGACGACCUGCCUUAGACAUUCAGAGGACCGAGAGAGGGAGCCGAAGGAGAAGCCCAAGCAUGAGCACAAGUCCUCAAGCAGGAAGGAAGAAAGAGAAGAAAAGAACAGAGAUAGAGACAGAGGUCGAAACUCAAACACACAUUCUGGCUGGCAUGAGGGGCGUUCUGAGGGGCGUAGCCAUAGAAGUAGAAGUAGGAGCCGAGAUAAAUCUCAUAGGCAUAGAAGGGCCCGGCACUCCCGUGACCAGGAGCCCUCAAAUCUCAGUGACCACAGGCAUCACUGAAGCCGGAGCCGGGCAGCUGCUCAGUAGAAUGGGAAAUGAACUACGUUUUUAAAAUGCAGUCAAAUUCAGCUAUGCUUUUAUUAUUUCUGUAUGUAAAAUCUUUUGAGGCUGAAUUCUUUAAUCUCUUGAGUAUUAGUCACUGAGGGAGCUGUAGUUUAACAACCAAUGUCCUGGAGUUUUAAGCGAAAUCCAUUGUUCCUAGGUAUCGGCUUGGUAUUUAUCAGAGUGUGUCUCUUAAAAUUGGGUUUAUAAAUAUAGCCCUUCACUUUAUGACCCAAAUUUAUAAUGAAAUGGCCAGGAAAAGGGAAAUACCAGGUAAUUCUAGAACUUUAGUCUUUGCGUUAGAUGUUUAGAACCCUUGCAGCGACUUUUCCAGUUGACAGGUAGACCCAUAGAGUAAAGAAAUGUGGCUUAACUAGGUUUGGACAGCUUGAUGUGAAUGUGAUAAUGAUUGAUAACAUCAGCCUGCUCCCUCCCCACCCCUUCCUGUUUUUGAAAAUUUAAACGUCUUUUACUUUUUUGCUUUUUUUUUUUUUUUGGUUCAUAUGUGUUUUUUUCCCCUCACAAUUUAUUUAUUUAUUUAUUUUUAUUGAGGUGAAAUUCACAUAACAUAAAGUUAACCCCUUUAAAGGGAACAACUCA